UUCCACGACCCCCCCACUGCCUUGUAUCAUUCCUUUCUUCUAGUGCUUCGCUGAACCACUAUCUCAUCCUUGCGACCUCCCAAGCUCUCGUUAUUCUUUUUUUCUUUUUUUCUUCUGCUUCGUCCGACCCUUGGCCUCGCCGCAAUCCCCGUCGGCUCUUCCCCGUCCUUUGUUCGCUUUUAUUCCCACUGCUUUCCCUUUUCCAACCCGUCCACCCCCCUCCCCUGUCUAUCCUAAUUUGAUCUAUUCGUGGUUCGCUACGGUCUUUUCUGACGGAUCUCCCGACCUGGGUUCUUUGGUUCCUCCCUCUUCUGGUUCUUGAUCCGCCCAUCUCGCCUUGAUGAGUGCGUCGACGUUUGCGGACGCCUCUCUUGCUCGCGAUCCCCCCAGUUCUGAUUUUGAAUUGAACAUUCGCCAACAGCCCACUCGGGCGCGCGUGGCUGGUGGGAAAGAGAAAGAGCGCAAGCCAGUGGAUCCCCCACCGAUUGUGCAAAUCCGGGUAAGAGAGGAAGGGACUUAUCUCUCGCAACAUUAUCUGCAAAGUCCCUACUAUUUUAUGUGCUGCAGCUUGUAUGAUGCCUCGGAAGACACUCCAGUGCCCGUGUCCCCGUCCACAGCUUUGACGGGUACCCUGGUUUCCUCUCUCCAUCGCCUGAAGGAUGUGGAUAAUACCGAUGGGGGAUUCUUCGUCUUUGGGGAUUUGUCCGUGAAGGUGGAGGGCGACUACCGAUUGAAAUUCACACUCUUUGAGAUGCGCCGGGACAUGGUGCAUUAUUUGAAAUCGAUCAUCUCGGAGCGCUUUACUGUAUCGCCGCCUAAGAGCUUUCCGGGAAUGGCGGAGUCAACCUUUUUGUCCAGAUCUUUUGCAGACCAAGGCGUGAAAUUGAGGAUCCGAAAAGAACCCCGCACAUUGAUAAAACGGCCGGUUCCUCGACCCGAGGAUUUCCCUCAGCCGCUGCCUCCUCGCUCCCCAGAUCGUACGGCGAUUCAGAUGUCGGGAAAUGCAUUCGGUGGUUAUCCAACCGCAGGGCGAGAUUACGGUUACUACGGGGGACCCGUCAAACGGCAGCGCACGUCGAUCGAUUAUGGCAACCGGGGCAUGUACGAUGCCGAUGGACGAAUGCGUCAGAUGGAGGCGUACCCGCAGGCUGCGACCAUGUACUCGAACCAACCCGGAACUUAUGGAACUCCCAUGAUGCAGUAUCCCACGGGCCACGCGGGGGUUCCUGAUUACGCGAUUUCAUACGGUAUCCCCUCGGCCCAGGUUUCUCCGAUGCAAGACCCGGCGGGCCAUAGCCGGACCAGUCAGCAGGCGACGAUGCAGUCUCUGGGAAUGGCGAAUCCGACAGGUACUCCCACAGCGGAUUCCACCGGAACUAUGAUGCCUCAAGCGUAUCCGCGAGCACAAUACCCAGGCAGCUCUACAAUCCUUCCUCCUCUGCAGCGGAGGGGCAACUAUCCCCAGGGGACUAACGGUGCUGCUAUGGCCCGGGGCUACUUUGAUCAACCAUCGCAAGCGGCUACUCCGAUCCUUCCCUCUCAACCUAUGGGCACAAACGAAGCAGAUCGUUAUGGUUCCGCACCUGGCCAGACGCCCUUCGAUCAUCCAGGCUCAUCCAGCGAGACCCCUCGAUGAAUUUCCCAGAGACUCUUGAACUCCGAGGGACAGGGUGGGUUGGAUGCUGUCUCGGGCCUGCCCAGGCUCUCUUCCUUUUCAUUUUUCUUUCUUGCUCUUGUUCUAAUGCUCCGAUACGUUACUCUCCCUCU